AUGAUUCUGUGCAACUCCCUCGAGAUGACAUUGGCCAUCUUGGUCGCCUGCGCCGCGUCUUUCCGCAGUAUUUACUCCCACAUCAAGCACACCAAGCAGCAAGACACCCUGAAGCUUCGACAUCGAGGCAACUGGUCCCGAGAUAGAGGCCUCAAGUCGAACGCCAACGCGACCGAUAUCAUUGUCACAACAGAAGUCAGGCUUUGGGAGCACCAAACCCUCGACGAUUUGACCCACAGCGAGGAAGCAUUGUGGCCCCGGCCGCAACACCAUGGACCGGAACAUGUCCACAUGGAUGGUACAGCACAUCCAAACCCCCCACAAGAGUUCAGUGGACCGACAAUCACUUAUCCCGCUCUUGCUGCACAACCUGGGUAUAGUGUAGCUGCGUAUAGUGUUCAGAAGUGA